CCUUUCUAAUUACGAUCAUCCCUGAGAAAAUUUCGCGCCAACUUCUUUUGCUGUUGACAGCCAGACUACUCACCAUGUCGGCCAUUCGCCCCCGUUCCCUACCAGAACUUGUGGGCACCCUAGUGAACGAAAAUUUCAUUCAUAUCUUCCAGCAACUCGACGAUCCUAAGGAUCUCUUUCAUGUAAUGCAGACAUGCACUAGAUUCAGAAACCUGGCUAUCCGAGAGCUAUACAAGCACAUUCGCUACACCGAUAUAAUCUCUUUCAACUCCAAUACACCAUUCUGGUGUGGAAGGGACGACAACAUGCACGAGAUACCAACCUCGGUAACCCUCGACAGAAUGCUGCCACUCAACUUCAAAGUACGUCCUCAAAGCGCGUAUAUCCGCGUCUGGACCAGACUGUUAUCUUUCACCUCACUCGAUACCCUUUCUUUUGCGAACUGCGCUCUCCCAGAAUCCGAAUCAGUAUGCUACCUGCUUGGAGGCAUGCAAAACCUCCGGACGCUGUCUUUCAAGCACUGCAUCUUUGUUGAGAGGCCACUCCCUUUCUGCAAAGGCUACGGUCGCUUUCCUGGGCUUCCAAUCACAGACCUAACCCUCCUGUACAACCGCACGUUCCACACAGUUCCGCCACACGAUGACCAAAUGUUCUCCCCAGAGGGUAUUACACCACACCUCCAAUUUGCCACUGCUGCUACCCUUCGUUCACUGACCAUCAGUUGGGAUAAUACUGUCUCGUCCUUCUUUGCGAAUUACACACGAGAAUAUUCCUUUUCCUCUACGAUCGAUAAAGUGAACAUACAUUUCUCGGAUCCUCUCCCAGACGGCGGACAUCCGUUCUUGGACAUCCACGAAGUGACAAAGCAACACCUUGGAAAGUUCCUCUGUGACGGAUGUGGGGGGAUCACUGAGCUGGGACUGUACGGUCCCACGGAGCGAUAUGUCGCCGGUGAUAUCGACUGUGGUGACUUCUCUUACUUGGAGAGGUACACAGGGCCAGCCACUUUGAUAGGAGCUAUCACCGGUCCGUUGCAGGAACUGGUGUUAAGUGAUUUGGACCUUGACGUCGGCAAGGUUACUCCCGCCCUGGAGGUAGUGGCAGCGAGAAGCCCCAAUCUCAUCAAGCUAGAUAUCACGAUCGCUGUAUGGGAUAUGGAGGUUCUCUAUGCGGUUUCACAGCUAUUUAGUGAUCUCAGGGAGCUCAGAAUCAAGUACCACGACGGGUACCCCGACGAAGCCGCAAUUGUGAGCAUGCCCUCUAUGUUCUUCCACGGAUUUGUCAACAUGACGACGCUGCACAUCUACAACCCUCAGAUGCCCGUUGGAAGGUAUGCAUGCGAUGAAGGAGAAAGGUGGAUCCAUGUUCCUUCCUUGAAUCUCCCCGGGAUUCAGACGGUGUAUGAACUCGGACCCUGUGCCUUGGAGGAUGUGUUGGAUCUCAUGAUGGGGUGGAUUAAGACGUGUCCGAAGUUAACGGAGAUGAAGUGGGAGAAAAAUAGGAUUUUGAUGAGGACGUCGACGAACAGCGAGGAUAAGUGGUAUUUCAAGGUUGGCCCCCAGCCGACGACCGUAAUUAAGUCUGUGUCAGACCCAAAGAUAUGGUACUCUAGGCUUUGAAAUUAUUAUAUCGAUUGUGCUAAACGGAACGUAUACGCAAAAUAGCUUGUGGGGUCAACGGUUCAAACCUAAAUUCAACACUACAAAGCGAAAGGAUUUGGGAACUGCAUAAAAUGAUAUCAACACACCCAGGGUCUUAGACGAGAUCUGUUUUCAUGAGGGCCG